UUGGUCUGAUGCAAAGGGUCAUGUAUGUAGAGUUCCAGUUACGCAGGACGAACUUAAACCAGUUUAAUCACAUUAGAGUCGGUCUGCAGGUGAUUCGAUGCUGAAACGCAGCCUUCCUCCUCCCUCCUCUUCAUCCUCCUCCUCUUCCUCCACCAUCCUCCCUGUAGUGACAGGCUGUGUAACGUCAGUCUGAGAGAAGGCAGACCCGUGCGGACCCGUGCGAAUGGAGUUGUUAGCCCGGAACGCUCCCGCAGGCUAGAGACGUUUAACUGAUCCCCCACAAUCCUCAGAUUAGGAACCGGAGCGGACCACCUUUUGCGCGCGUGCACCUCAGGGGGGAGGGGGUCGUGGUGGUGGUGGUGGUGGUGUGGGGGUCUAGAUGUUAUAAUUCUAUUGUGUCCAUGUAUUGGGGGUGAAUCCGUGGAUGCCGCCGCCGGAUCCGGUUCGGUCCUCCGGGCUGGAAUGACAGACCUGAGCCGGACCUGAGCGCUGUCCGUGGUGCUGAAACCUCGGACCGCCUUCCACACACCGCGGCUGUUUUUCCACUCAAUCUUGCGCGUUUUACCGCAGAUCUGAAGCCGCUGUAGCCGAGGACAAGUAGAGGAGAGGCUCGAACUACCUGUUAGCUUCUUCUUCUUCUUCUUCUUGGUCUCUGGGCUGCAGGAUUGCGCUGCGCGGAGGGAAAAACGCACCAUAACAGAAGGCAUCAGAAUCCCCAUUUCACCCCCCCCUUACAUCCCUUAUUCCCUCAACAUCUUUGAAUUUAUUUGCAGCUGCAUGCCUACUGACCUACUUUGUGCAAGUUGGAAAUAAAACAGACGCGGGUUUUUUUCUCGUGCACUUUGUGGAAGAGGAGUCUGGACCAUGAAAGGUGUUGAUGCUGUGGACACGGUGGUGGAGAACCUGUGGGGAAAGUUCCAGUGAAAAAAAAAAGAAAAAAACAAAAGAUACAUAAGAGAAGAAGAGGAAGAGGAAGAGGAGGAGGAGGAGGAGUGUGAGCGUAAGAGCCAGAGGUGCGUGUUUUUGUGCGCCGAGACGGAGAAGGUUAUGACCGGCUGUGUCCACCUGGAACACGGGCUGCUGCUGCUGCUGCUGCUGCUGGCCUGCUGGCAAACACCGGGCAUGGUCGGAGGAACUGUGCCAUCGGCCCCGGUGAACGUGUCCGUGACCCAGCUGAGGGCUGACUCGGCCAUGGUGACCUGGAAUGUCCCUCAGGGGGACACUGUCAUCGGCUACGCCUUGUCACAGCAGAGACAGGACGGCCUGAUGCAACGCUCCAUCCGCGAGGUGAACACGUCCAGCCACUGGUGUAUGCUGUGGGACCUGGACGAGGACACACACUACAGCGUCCAGGUUCAGUCUGUCGGGCCCAACGGGGACAGUCAGCCCAGCCGAGCCGUCCACUUCCGGACCCUGGAGAGAAGUGACCACUACCCAGCCGGAGUCCUGGACCACCAUGAACCAGCGAUGGAAGGUCUGGGUAUGACUCCCCACCUGCAGACCGGAGAGCUGCUCAUCAUCACCACCGUCCUGCUGCUGUGGGCAGCCGUCAUCGCCCUGUUCUGCCGACAGUACGACAUCAUUAAAGACAACGACUCCAACGGCGCCAAAGAAAAAGCCAAGAGGCCGCUGGUUCGCUCCACGUCGUCCUACUACAACGCUUCGGCCGGCAGCUCGCCCAUCUACCACAACGGAGCGGUUCGCAGCAGCAGGCUUCACAGAGCCUCAUCUUCCAUCAGCAUCAUUCGAGUUUGAGGAUGGUUUUGAGACUUGGCGGCAGCGGCGGUACCCCAAGCGAUACACGAAUGAGGAACUUCAUUGGGCGACAAUUUGUGAAUUUCCAGACCUGAGAAGGAGAUCUAAUUCAUUGUAAAUAUGGAUGGAAUAAGAUGCUCUCCAUGCAGAUCAAAUCCAGAUGAACUGAGCAGGGGUCACAGCGUGGAGGAAAUGGACGAUUACUGCCAUCUAGUGGUGAGAUGAGUGUAUGUCACCCAUGGAAACUGAUGAUGGUGAUGAUAGUGGUAGUGGUGGGGGGAGGGGGGUCAGAGCAGCUUAGAUCCACUCAACAGAUGCACCUUGAACUGCAGAUCAAUUCUAUUCCCUCUCGUGCAAAAAGUUUUUUUCCUCUCCUCUCUGAUGUCAAAGACUUCUUGUGAAUAUUUGCAUGUGUUCCACUUGUGUACCAGACCUGCCUCUGACUAACGGAUUUUUUAGUUCUGUUUAUUUUCUUUUAGAUGAUAUGUUAAAUUGAGAUUUCUUAGUACGUUUCGUGCCGUAGUUCGUCUCCAAAACUCCAUAUUUUGACUCGGCGUCGGACAAAUAAGACUCAGGAUUUUCUUUCCAGACCAGAAGUGCAGGACAACACUAAAAAUCCUGAACAUCGUCCUUGUCAUUACUGUGAAUUAACGUCAACCCUCCUCCAGCUCCUUCAUUCAUCUCUAAUUUGAUAGAUUUUUGGCGACCAACCAGUGUCUGUGCGGAGGAGAUAAUCAGUCACAUCUGAUGUAAUGGAAUGUGUGAACGGAAACCAGCUGUCAUCCAUACCUGGAAUCCAAUUUGUUCCAUAUGUGC